AUGACUUGCAAUGGAAGUUAUGGAGUUCAUUGUUCUCGAGACUGUCCCACUGGUUACUGUGGUUAUAAAUGCCUAACAAGGUGUGAUUGUGAUGACUGCAAUAGUCUUAACUGUACAUGUCCCUUUGAUACAACAACAAUUCAGUCUUCUAAACAGGACGCUUUACCUUUGCUGUUUGCAAUUCUACUUCCUGUCUUUGGGGUUUCUUUGACAAUAUUGAUAUUUUUUAUCGUCAAACACUAUUGGAGACCUAUUCCUAUUGAACCAAAGACUUCUCUCUAUAAAACCAAAUCUGUGAAUAAAAUGGUUACCGAGGACAAGAUGGCGGUUGAGGAUGCCAGCUACGACUCAGUCAGGGAAUCACAAAUGAUCUUAGAUCCUGUCGUUAGGCCACGUGUUGUUAUUAAUGAAUAUAACAUUGAACAAGAAACAUAUAAUGUUUUGCAUCAGAACAAUUGAUUCAGAUGAGUUGCACUACGAGAAACAAAGUACUUGCUAUAAAGACAAAAAUCACAACACAUGUACAAUAUCAGAACAGAAAAUCUAGUCUUAUAAUUUUAAUCUUACCUCACAAGCACUUCUUGUUAAAAAUUAAAUUUUACAUGUAAUAACUAUAA